CCCAAACAUUACUUACGAGUAUAUAUAAAGUUGAAACAGUGGCGAUGUUUGGCAUUAAUAAUCUUAUUUGCAUCGGCUACGUCGGGCUACGAUUUAAGUGCAAGUCUCAACAUUGAAAAAUUUUAAUCACAUACAAAUUAAAUUAAUAUUAAAAGUUUAUUCCCCGAUUAUAUUUAUAUAUCCAAUGUGCGCUAUUGGAUUUUAUCAAUCAAAAGUCAAAGACCAACGAAAACAACAAAUAAAAUUCAUUGGCACAUAAACAAAACCUAUUCAUACGCAACAAAAAGCGUGCAUCGCACAUUUUACGCUUUGCAAACGAUAUAAAUUUUCCUUGGCGAAAUUUUUUAUAUUUGCUGACGACGUCGGUGUGGUGUUUGCCUUUACAAACACCAGAAAACAAGUAGCAUUGUUUAUUAAUUCGCAAAACAAAAGAAAGAACAAAGUUAAAAAACUAGAUACCUGGGUAACUGGCAGAGCAACCGCAUCGCGUGACGCAAAAGAAAUCCAGAAACUAAAUAUAAAAUGGAGGUUCAAAAGAUGCCUGAGCGGCCACUGCUGCAGUCUCAACGUAAAUUGGCAAACAACGAUGCAAUAAUCCUUGACUCCAGAUGUGCGCUGAACGAUCUAUAUCCCAUAGCGCGUCUGACGCAGAAAAUGGAGAGUGUGCUCGGUGCGGCAGGAAAGAUGAAGGGGCAUGAUGAUGAUUGCCCCUACACCAUUGAAUUAGUGCGACCGGAGGAUGGCGAUCAGGUCGUAGCAAUGCUCAAGAAGUUCUUUUUUAAGGAUGAGCCGCUCAAUACAUUUCUUGAUCUCGGAGAAUGCAAGGAACUGGAGAAAUACUCGCUCAAAUCCAUAACGGACAAUUGCUCAUACAAGGCAGUGAAUAAGAACGGGGAAAUCAUUGGCGUCUACUUAAAUGGCUUGAUGCGACGUCCGACAUCGAGCGAAUCCAACAGCGAGAAGGCGGCCGAUUCGUGCGAGCAUCCCAAGUUUAAAAAGAUACUCGCCCUAAUGGACCAUGUGGAGGAACAGUUUAGCAUAUUCGACUUGUACCCGAACGAGGAAGUCAUACUUGAUGGCAAGAUUGUUUCGGUGGACAGCAAUUAUCGCGGCAUGGGCAUAGCGGGUCGACUAACAGAGCGAGCCUAUGAAUAUAUGCGCGAAAAUAACAUUUCCGUCUAUCACGUGCUAUGUUCCAGUCACUAUUCAGCGCGGGUCAUGGAAAAACUGGGCUUCCACGAGGUCUAUAACAUGAACUAUGCUGACUACAAGCCUGAAGGCGAAGUAAUAUUUAAACCAGCGUUACCGCAUGUGGGAGUGAGAAUUUUAGUCAAGGAGCUGGGAGAGAAGUCGACGCAAAAGUCCACAUUGUAAAUAGAAUUCGAGUUGGGCAGAUGAGACCUACUUAUCGGUGUAUUCGUUGGUUGUACAGACAGUAAAUAUUUAAUGCUUUACUUUUGAAUUAAGCAUGUGAUUCUUUAGUUUGUAGUUCGGUGGCGGGUCCCCCUUGUUAAAAGUAGUCAAGUAUUGCACAACCUAAAAGUUAUUGCUAUACUUCUACAAACACUCAAGCAUAUUUAUUAGAUUUGUAGUAAGUGAAUUGUGCUCUGUUUAAUUGUUUCUACUACCUUAAAGUAAAGCCUAGCAACUCAAAUGAAAAAAAAAAUACAAUUUAAAUAUUUAUUUUUUAAUAAUUUGCUCAAUUCUAUUUUUAAGUGUUCAAUGGCAAAUAUGUGCUCAAAUAAAACCAGCUGUUUGAAAAUGA